CCGUCCGCAGGCUAGGCAGGCAGAUCCCCAGCUGCUGUCAGCUCACAGCUCACUAACGGGUUUGAAAAUGGGCGAUGGACGGGAGAGCGAACGGAAGCCCUUGCUUCCGAAUGAAAAUUCGACACCGAACACGCGAAUCCGUGGAGGAUAUACAGAUGGAAUCCCAGAGGGGAGCAAUGUUGUCACUGCAGUGGGACCAGAUGAGAUGCCCCCUCCAUAUUCCACUGCAGUUCAAGGAUCAGUUCCAAUGGUGACAUGUCGAGUGUGUCAAGCAAUGAUUGACAUAUCUGGAAGACGAGACCAGCAUGUUGUUAAAUGUACUCAGUGCAAUGAAGCUACGCCCAUCCGGAAUGCACCACCUGGCAAAAAGUAUGUUCGGUGUCCUUGCAACUGCCUCCUUAUUUGCAAGGGAUCUUCUCAGAGGAUUGCUUGUCCUCGUCCUGACUGCAAGAGAAUUAUCAAUCUUGCUCCAUCACCAGCAACUCCGCCUGCACCGAUCUUGCCAGGAAUGUGCUCAGUGGUCUGUGCCCACUGCCAUGGAACAUUCUUAUUCAAUACUUUGAGCAAUGCCUUAGCUAGGUGUCCUUACUGCCGUAAAGUCUCUUCUGUAGGACCAGACUUUGCUAGGGGAAGAGCAAUUGUCUUAUGUAUUCUUGGAUUGGUUUUCUUGGCUAUUGGAAUUGGGGUGACGGUUGGAACUUACACUUAUGCUCUGAAACAUGGAGGAAUCUUCGUCACUUAUGUUGGGGCCUUCAUUGCUGCUCUCUUCUUUUUUGGUCGAAGUAUUCACUUUUGCACCAUGAAAGUUAGUGUUGUAGAAGGGACAGCAUAAACUCCAUGCUAUUGUAAUUCCCCACCUAUUUAGAGGGAUCCACAACGGAGUUUAUCUGAAGAUACAGAUGGUAGAUCACAAGCUUGCAUUCCUAUAGUUCUUUUAUCAAGUUUCACCAUUUCAUAACAGCUACAAUUUUCAGUCAAUUUAUUGAACCAAAUUAGUGAGUUGACUCAACAAUAUUAUGUGUUUGAAAUAAUUAUUAUUAUCACUUUAAUGUGGCUAUCAGUCUUUGCUUGACUUAAAUUCCUUAAGAACUGAACACAUUCCUGUUAAUUUUGCUUGUCUGAAGUGUAGUUUGCUCUGGUUGCUUGAAUCCCUCAACACCAUAAUCAGUUUUUCUGCUUUUGAGUACAUCCAUAGCCAGACAAUUUGACCGAUCUUCUUAUGAUAUGAUAAUUCUGAGGUCUGUCUUAGUUCGGAGGUUUAGCUUUACCUAUUGCCUUUGCCUGUAUAUUUUUCUUACCACUAGGAUUUUCAGCAGGCAAUUCAAUAUGGUUUCGUGAUGUCAUUUAUAUUGUAUUUUUUACUAGAUCUGGCCCCUGAUGGUCUGUUAAAUGUAAGUUUUUGGUAAUGACAACUGCAUGUUUUAUGAAUAAAGAUUGACUUGUGGCUUAGUGAAUUUUAAGAGGAAAAAAAUAUGCCUGUAUUAUAUCAAAUGGAGCAAAGCAAAUUAUUUUAAACCAUGUAGUGUUGGAACAUAAGCUGUGCUUCUUGUUUUAAAAACCGUUUCUAUAAUAAGGGAACUGAGGAUCAAAUCUUAAAGUGUAUUCAAUUUCUAUUUUCUAAGUAUUUGAUUUUUUUAUCAACGCGGUGUCUGUUUUGUUAUUAUUAUUGCGCAGGCAACUUUUUGGUUUCAAGCAUUUAAAAAAACAAAAAUUACAAACAAUUUAUUUGUUCUGGAAUCAGUCCUUAAACCUGAGCAUCUCAAGUCAGUGUUUGUGCUGAUGCAAGUACUGUUCUUAUGAAAUUUACAUUUUGUUGCAUUUAAAUAUUAGUUUCUGUUCAUAAUCCCCCCUUACAAACUAUGUGAAAGAAUCUAUAUGUUCAGCUGUCUCCAGCUGCAGCUAGUUGCAUCUAUAGUUAUCCAUGAAUUGCUAACCAACAAUCGUAAAUUAUAUUUGAUCAAUUUACCCAUAUUUUUAUUUGCUUGGAUUGAUGAGUAGCCUUUUAUAGCUAUAUCCCUUCCAUUGUAGGAUUUGUGCCCUCAAGCACUUGUGUCUCAUUGCUUCAUUGUGAUGUCCUGUAGAGAAUAGUUUCAUAUUUGUCAUGUGGUAAAUCUCAGAUUCCAAUCAUUGAUGGUUUAUCACAUGCGGCUAUUUACUGAAUGAAUGUGAUAUAGAAUUCAAUGUUGUGCAAGGGUUGACUGGUCUUUUUGUUUAACCUAGAUAGUGGAUAACCUUUUAUUAUGUGUCAUAUAUUGCCAAUAAAUUUGUAUUCUAUCAUAGAUUACCUAUACAGCCCUUGCAAUUUUAUGUUAUAUUAUUGUAGCUUUUGUUUUUAUCUCAAUUCUUUUCAAUGACUCACUGGAAACCUUUCUGAGACAUACUCUGUAUUGUUGAGAGGAAUCAUUAAUUAAAAUGAACAUAUUACCAAACA